AGAGCUGCGUUUGAUCGCUGUGCGAACUUGUCCCAGUCUGGGGGCACCUUUUCCUUGGCUAGUGGCCCCAACCUCACCCUCUUAGUGAGGCAGCUUCUGUUCUUUUACAAACAGAAUGAAGACUCAAGACGUUUGGUUGCUGCAGAACUGUGAGGAUGACAGUUUGAACGUCGCUCUUCCAAUGCGGAUGCUCGAGGUGUUUUCGUCUGAGAAGACGUACUCGCCUGUCUUAGAAGAUGCUGGCAGUGCGGUGUCAGUGACUGAGCAAGUUUUGUUCUACAUGGUUCAGAAUGGGUAUUAUAGAUCUCUCUAUUUGUUAAUCAACAGCAAGCUUCCAUCGAGUAUUGAGUAUUGUGAUCUACCUCGAGUCCCUACAGCGAAAGCACUGUUGGAGAACGCUCUGAGACCACUGCGCUGCACCUACACGUCCUGUCCGGAUGGCGCAAGGCAGCGGGUGUUUGCGGCCUUCACGGAGGAAUGCUUGGCGGCGCCCUUCACAGACCAGGUGUUCCACUUUGUCGUCCCGGCUCUGGCGGACGCCCAGACCGCCUUCCCUUUCGAGCCCUUUCUGGAUGCGCUGCUGUCGGUGGACGGCAGGGGCUCGAGGGCCCGUGGGAGCGCACCGUGGCUCUUCUACUUCGUCUUAACCGUCGGCGAAAACUACCUGGGGACGCUGUCUGAGGAGGGCCUGCUGCUGUACCUGCGAGUGCUGCAGACCUUCCUGUCCCAGCUGCCAGCCGCCCCUGCCAGCGCCAGCUGCCCAGACUCCGCCAGCGACUCUGAGGACGAGAGCGCCGAGGCCGACACGAGGAGGAGCACGCCGGUGAACGGCAGGCUGUCCUUACCGUACAUCACGGAGGAGUGUCUCAAGAAGCUGGACACGAAGCAGCAGACCAACACACUGCUCAGCCUGGUGUGGAGGGACUCGGCGAGCGAGGAGGCCUUCACGCUGACGGCCUGCAUCUGCCACACGCUCAUGGUGCAGCAGCGGAUGAUGGUGCCCCGAGUCAGGCUCCUCUACAGCUUAGCCUUUAACGCCAGGUUCCUGCGGCACCUCUGGGUCCUCAUAUCUUCCAUGACCACACGGAUGAUCACUGGGUCUGUGGUGCCGUUGCUGCAGGUGAUAUCGAGGGGCUCUCCCAUGUCCGUGGAGGACUCCAGUCGCAUCAUCCCACUCUUCUACCUGUUCAGCUCCCUGUUCAGCCACUCGCUGAUCUCCAUACACGACAACGAGUUCUUCGGUGACCCCAUAGAAGUCGUAGGUCAGAGGCCAUCGUCCCUGAUGCCCUUCAGUCUGGAAGAGCUGGUGGCGCUGUCCCGGAGCCUCCGGGACGCCUGCCUGGGCAUCAUCAAGCUGGCCUACCCGGAGACGAAGCCGGAGGUCCGCGAGGAGUACCUGACAGCGUUCCAGAGCAUCGGGGCGGCCGCCAGCACCGAGGAGCAGCCGUGCGUCCAGACGGGGCAGAAGCGGUGGAUCCAGCUGUUCAAGGUCAUCACCAACCUAGUGAAGAUGCUGAAGUCCAGAGACACGAGGAGGAACUUCUGCCCCCCGAAUCACUGGCUGUCGGAGCAGGAGGACAUCCGAGCCGAUAAGGUCACCCAGCUGUACGUGCCGGCCGCCAGACACGUGUGGAGGUUCCGGCGGAUGGGGAGGAUCGGCCCCCUGCAGUCCACCCUGGACGUGGGUUUGGAGUCACCGCCACUGUCCGUGUCUGAGGAAAGACAGCUCGCCAUCCUGACAGAACUGCCCUUCGUGGUUCCAUUCGAGGAGCGGGUGAAGAUCUUUCAGAGGCUGAUCUAUGCAGAUAAGCAAGAAGUUCAAGGAGACGGCCCCUUUCUGGAUGGAAUCAAUGUCACAAUAAGAAGAAACUAUAUUUAUGAAGAUGCUUAUGACAAGCUUUCCCCAGAAAAUGAGCCCGACCUGAGGAAGCGCAUCCGCGUCCACCUGCUCAACGCGCACGGCCUGGACGAAGCCGGCAUCGAUGGCGGCGGCAUCUUCAGGGAGUUCCUGAAUGAGCUGCUGAAGUCGGGCUUCAACCCCAACCAGGGCUUCUUCAAGACGACGAAUGAGGGGCUCCUGUACCCCAACCCAGCUGCGCAGAUGCUCGUGGGGGACUCCUUCGCCAGACAUUACUACUUCCUGGGCAGAAUGCUUGGAAAGGCUCUCUACGAGAACAUGCUGGUGGAGCUGCCCUUCGCCGGCUUCUUCCUGUCCAAGCUGCUGGGCACCAGCGCCGACGUGGACAUCCACCACCUGGCUUCCCUGGACCCCGAGGUGUACAGGAACCUGCUGUUCCUCAAGAGCUACGGGGGCGACGUGGAGGAGCUGGGGCUGAACUUCACCGUGGUGAACAACGACCUCGGGGAGGCUCAGGUAGUUGAGCUCAAGUGUGGUGGGAAGGACAUCCCCGUCACCAGCGCGAACCGCAUCGCGUACAUCCACCUGGUGGCCGACUACAGGCUGAACAGACAGAUCCGCCAGCACUGCCUGGCCUUCCGCCAGGGCCUGGCCAACGUGCUCAACCUGGAGUGGCUGCGCAUGUUCGACCAGCAGGAGAUCCAGGUGCUGAUUUCUGGUGCGCAAGUUCCCAUAAGUCUAGAGGACCUGAAGUCCUUCACGAACUACUCAGGAGGCUACUCCGCGGACCACCCCGUGAUCAGGGUCUUCUGGCGAGUCGUGGAGGGGUUCUCGGACGAGGAGAAGCGCAAGCUGCUCAAGUUCGUCACCAGCUGCUCCCGCCCCCCUCUCCUGGGGUUCAAGGAGCUGCACCCCGCCUUCUGCAUCCACAACGGCGGCCCUGACCUGGAGCGGCUGCCCACAGCCAGCACCUGCAUGAACCUGCUGAAGCUGCCCGAGUUCCAGGAUGAGGCGCUGCUGCGGGGCAAGCUGCUCUACGCCAUAGAGGGCGCCGCGGGCUUCGAGCUGAGCUGAGCGAGAGCUGGGACGCGCCCUCCGCAGCACAGGCCGCUGCCCCUCGUGAGUAGCUCCUCCCAGGCCGCCGACGCUCAGGCUGGACGCCCACAGCUCUCCCACACCCCUGUCUGUCACCCCUUGUUUCUACACGAUUUCAGUUACGGUCACUCACUCAGAGGGACGUUGCUUUUCAAAUAACUUACAAUAACAAAUGUCAUGUGCCACGCGGCUCAUUCAGUGAUUUUGCCAAGAGCACAGUUUUAGGACUAGUGGCAACUCUGAAAUUAACCAAAGAUGCAGCUUUGGCUUUGCUGAUGGGUUCCAGGCCUUGCUGAGCCGGGUGCCCCUGGGCUGGGCUCCCGGGCUGCUGCUGGGUCAGGCAGGCUCUGGUCUGGGGAGACACAGGGUCUGGGAGGUGGGGUGCUGACCCCAGGGGCACUGCUACUCGUGUGGUCGAACUGCUUACAAGCCUGUUGUUCAAACUGAAGGCAUUUUUCCUGCUGCCUUUCCCGAAGUGGGGAGGUUCGGAGACACUGAGAGCGUUUGUCUGUGCUUUUGACGCUGCUUCUCCGAAGGGGCCUGGCCAGCGUCCUUGGUGCACCGGCGCCCACAUCGUGGUGGCCUGGGCAUCACUGUGUGUGAGGAGUGCGCUUCCUCCUCCCACCUGUCUCUGCUGGGAAAGCUCUCGGGGUCUCUGUCCAGCUCCCCCCACGUGGGCCCCAGUCAGGGACGACCUAGGAGGACGGACACUGACCUCCGUGGUCACCUGAACCAACGUGGCGGCUGCACCUUCACUGUGCGGCCCGGCCCUCGCCCCCGGGCCGGCCGCCCGCCCCUGGAUGUCGGGGCAGCUCACCCUCUGCUCCCUCGAUGGUGCUGCUCCGGAGGACGGGACGGCC